AUGGAGCUCCGCCCGCCGCCCUCCGCCUUGCUGCUGCUGCUGCUGCUGCCGCCACCGCCGGUGCCCGCGGUGCCCGCGGCCCGGGGCCCCUGGCGCUGCCCGCUCAUCCCCUACGCCGCCUCCCGCGACUUCGACGUGGAGUACGCGGUGCCCCGCUUCGCGGCCGGCGGCCCGGUGCAGGCGCUGGCCGCCUACGAGGGCGGCGAGGGCGGCAGCGCCGUGUUCGUGGCCGCGCGCAACCGCCUGCACAUGCUGGGCCCGGACCUGCGGCCGCUGGCGAGCCUGGCCACCGGCCCCGCCGGCCACCCCGGCUGCCAGACCUGCGCGGCCUGCGGCCCCGGCCCGCACGGCCCCCCGGAGGACACGGACGCCAAGCUGCUGGUGCUGGACCCCGCGCUGCCCGCGCUCAUCAGCUGCGGCUCCAGCCUGCACGGCCGCUGCUUCCAGCUCGAGCUGGAGCCCGGGGAGCCCGGGGAGCCGGCCCCGCGCCUGGCGCCGCCCGCCUGCCUCUUCGCCGCCGCCCGCAACCGGCCCGAGGCCUGCCCGGACUGCGUGGCCAGCCCGCUGGGCACCGUGGCCACCGUGGUGGAGCAGGGCCGCGCCUCCUUCCUCUAUGCCGCGUCCUCGCUGGACCCGCAGGUGGCCGCGAGCUUCAGCCCCCGCUCCGUGUCCAUCCGCCGCUUCCGGGCCGACGCCUCGGGCUUCGCGCCCGGCUUCGAGUCCCUGUCGGUGCUGCCCGCGCACCUGGCCUCCUACCGCAUCCACUACGUGCACAGCUUCCGCGCCGGCGACUUCGUGUACUUCCUGGCGGUGCAGCCGGCCAGCCUGUCCGCCGCGCCCGGCGCCCUGCACACGCGCCUGGCCCGGCUCAGCGUCCUGCAGACGGACGUGGGCACCUACCGCGAGCUGGUGCUGGACUGCCGCUUCGAGCCCAAGCGCCGGCGCCGCGGGGCGGCCGCGGGCGGGCAGCCCUACCCGGUGCUGCGCGCCGCGCACACGGCGCCCGUGGGCGGCCGCCUGGCCCGCGAGCUGAACGUCGCCGAGGGCCAGGCCGUGCUGUUCGGCGCCUUCGGGGCCGGCGGCGGCGGGCGCGCGGGGCCCGGCUCGGUGGUGUGCGCCUUCCCGCUCCGGCUGCUGGACGCGCUCAUCGAGCGGGGCGUGGAGCGCUGCUGCGGGGCGCGCGCCCCCCAGGGCCUGCGGCGCGGCCUGGACUUCUUCCAGCCGCCCAUCCUGUGCCCCAACCCGCCGGACCCCACGGUGCCCAGCUCCAACGGCAGCUGCUACCGCUUCCCCCUGCUGGCCAGCGGCAGCCUGUCCCGCGUGGACCUGUUCAACGGGCUCUUGGGGCCGACGCAGAUCACAGCGCUGCACGUGACGAGCCUGGACAAUGUCACGGUGGCCCACAUGGGCACGAGAGACGGGCGCAUCCUGCAGGUGGAGCUGGCCAGGUCCCUCGGCUACCUGCUGUACGUCUCCAACUUCUCACUGAGCCGCAGUCAGCAGCCCGUGCACCGGGAUGUCCGUCGCCUUGGGAACCACCUGCUCUUUGCCUCUGGGGACAAGGUCUUCCAGGUGCCCAUCGGCGGCCCCGGCUGCCGCCACUUCCUCACCUGCGGGCGCUGCCUGCAGGCACAGCGCUUCAUGGGCUGCGGCUGGUGUGGGAGCACGUGCGGCCGGCAGGAGGAGUGUCCGGGCUCCUGGCAGCAGGACCGCUGCCCCCCUGAGCUUAUCGAGUUCCAUCCUCACAGCGGACCCCUGCGGGGCAGCACCAGGCUGACCCUGUGCGGCUCCAACUUCUACCUGCACCCUGACGGCGUGGUGCCCGAGGGCACCCACCAGGUCACUGUGGGCCAGAGUCCCUGCCGCCUGCUGCCCAAGGACAGCUCAGACCCCAGCCCCGUGUCCUGGAACGGCUUCAUAGAGGAGUUUGCGUGUGAGCUGCAGCCCUCGGGCACGCAGGCAGCGGGGCCUGCCAGCGUGAGCCUCGCCGUGACCAACAUGCCCCGGGGCGAGCACUUCCAGGUGGACGGCGCCUCCGAGCUGCCGGGCUUCUCUUUCACGGAGCCGGUGCUGAAGGAGGUUCACCCCCUCUUUGGCCCGCAGGCCGGGGGCACCCGCCUCACCCUUAAGGGCCACGGCCUGGACGUAGGCACCAGCCGGGCCGUGCUGGUCAAUGGCAGCCAGUGCCUGCUGGACGGGGUCAGCGAGGGGCAGCUGGUGUGCACCACGCCGCCCGGCGCCGCCCCGGCCAGCGUCCCCGUUCGCCUGCAGGUGGGGGGCGCCCCGGUGCCCGGCUCCUGGGCCUUUGACUACCGGGAGGACCCUGUCGUGCUGGGCAUCAGCCCCAACUGCGGCUACAGCGGCUCCCACGUCACCAUCCGCGGCCGGCACCUGACCUCGGUGUGGCGCCUGGCGCUGUCCUUUCACGACGGGCUGAAGGCUGUGGAGCGCCCGUGCGCGGGGCAGCUCCUGGAGACGCAGAGGUGCCGCCUGCCCCAGUACGUGGUCCGAGGCCCCCAGGGGUGGGUGGCGGGGAACCUGAGUGCCCGGGCGGACGGCGCGGCUGGCUUCACGCUGCCUGGCUUUCGCUUCCUGCCCCCGCCCCACCCCCCCAGCACCGACCUGGCCCCCCUGAAGCCGGAGGAGCGUGCCGUUAAGUUCGAGUACAUCGGCCUCGGAGCUGUGGCCGACUGUGUGGACGUGAACGUCACCCUGGGCGGGGAGAGCUGCCAGCACGAGCUCCGGGGCGACGUGGUCAUCUGCCCCCUGCCCCCGGCGCUGCCGCUGGGCGAGGACGGCGCCCUCCUGCAGGUCUGCGUGGACGGCGACUGCCACGUCCUGGGCAGAGUGGUGCGGCCAGGCCCGGGGGGCCCCCUGCAGAGGACGCUCCUGGGUGUCCUGCUGGCCCUGGUGCUGCUCGUGGCUCUGCUGGCCACGGCGCUGGCCUUCAACUACCGGAGGCGGAAGCAGCUGGCCUUCUCUGCGAACCUGGACGGCCUGGCUUCUGCGGACCCGACCACCAGAGGCCUGCCUCUGGCUCACCUCCGAGCGGGCUCCGACUACAGACACGGCCCUGCAACCCCCACCGGGGACGGUCAGGAGGCCACCUGUGGGGGCCAUGCAGUGCCCUUCUCGGACAGCGGGGACGGGUCCCGUGUCCCGCUGCUUCGGACCAAGUCCAUCCAGCUCGGGGACCUGGACCCACUGCUCCUGGCCGAGGUCAAGGACGUGCUGAUCCCCCACGAGCGCGUGGUCACCCACAGUGACCGGGUCAUCGGCAAAGGCCACUUCGGGGUUGUCUACCACGGAGAGUACAUCGACGAGGCCCAGAACCGCACCCACUGUGCCAUCAAGUCAUUGAGCCGCAUCACGGACGUGCAGGAGGUGGAGGCGUUCCUGCGAGAGGGGCUGCUGAUGCGCGGCCUGCGCCACCCGCACGUGCUGGCGCUGGUGGGCAUCGUGCUGCCGCCCGAGGGGCUGCCCCGCGUGCUGCUGCCCUACAUGCGCCACGGCGACCUGCUCCGGUUCAUCCGCUCGCCCCAGAGGAACCCCACGGUGAAGGACCUGGUCAGCUUCGGCCUGCAGGUGGCCCGCGGCAUGGAGUACCUGGCCGAGCAGAAGUUCGUGCACCGGGACCUGGCCGCCCGCAACUGCAUGCUGGAUGAGUCCUUCACCGUGAAGGUGGCGGACUUCGGCCUGGCCCGCGGCGUGCUGGACAAGGAGUACUACAGCGUGCAGCAGCACCGCCACGCGCGCCUGCCCGUCAAGUGGAUGGCGCUGGAGAGCCUGCAGACCUACCGCUUCACCAGCAAGUCAGACGUGUGGUCAUUUGGCGUGCUGCUAUGGGAGCUGCUGACACGGGGUGCCCCGCCGUACCCCCACAUCGACCCUUUUGACCUCACCCACUUCCUGGCCCAGGGCCGUCGCCUGCCGCAGCCUGAGUACUGCCCCGAUGCCCUGUACGCCGUGAUGCAGCGCUGCUGGGCAGCGGACCCCGCCGCCCGCCCCACCUUCAGGGCGCUGGCGGGGGAGGUGGAGCAGGUGGCGGCCGCCCUGCAGGGAGACCAUUACGUGCAGCUGUCCGCGGCCUACGUGAACCUGGGCCUCGCCGCUGCCUCCAAAGAGCCCAGUGCGCCCCCAGAACUGCCCGUGUCCCCAUGCGGGCACCGGAGCCCCAGCCGGCCGCGGCCCCUCUCAGAGCCACCGCGGCCCACGUGA